AAAAAAAAAAAAAACAAAAAAAAAAAAACAGAAAGGUCUCAAUAAUGACUCGAACUAAGUGGGCUAAGGUUCGAAGUGGAGUAGCGUGAAUAAGAAUAAUAUCGGAAACAUAACAAACAAACAAGGCAUGGAUGAAGCAGCGGAACCUUCAAUUGCCCAACUUUUGGGUCGAAAGCGAGGGAAAACAACACCGGCUGCCAAUUCAACAAAGAAACAAACCCGCCAAACAAUUUCUGCAACAACGGGAGAAACAUUUCCACCAUCGCCGCCGGCAGACCAACAGAACUGCAAGGAGGACUCCCAUGGCUGUCGAUUCAAGGUUUCCCUGUUUGAUGAGUCGGUCGAGAAUCACUUUAGAGCUAUGGACACAAUCUCCAAGCUCUGUAGGGAGCCAGAGGAAGGCUCCGUUGAUCAGAGCGAAAUUCAGCGCUUAUCGUCCUCCAUCACUUUCUUGAGAGAAUGGAAGCUUUUUAAUUAUGAAACGAGAAACGUUAAAUUUGCUGAUGAAGCGGGAAGUCCAGAGGGGAAGAAUGGUUUCUGUGGCAUAAACUUGCCUCAGUUUUCUUCAGCAACCAUUCCUAAGAAGGAGGGACUAUCAGGGGAUGCUGCAUCUAUGGAACCAAGAGACUUUGUGAUGUAUGUUGGAGGGUCCCUAUGGGCUAUGGAUUGGUGUCCCAGAAUCCAUGAUGAUCCUGACUCUCAUGUUAAAUGUGAGUUUAUUGCUAUUGCUGCCCAUCCUCCUGGAUCUUCUUAUCACAAGAUAGGUGUCCCACUUUCUGGCAGAGGUCUUGUUCAGAUAUGGUGUCUUCUAAAUGCUAGUAUGAAUGAGGGAGACGAUCCUCCUCUAGAAAAGCCAAAACAGGGGCGUAAAAAACAUGCUGUUGCAAAGGAAAAACCAAUUGAAAUAAAGAGACCUAGAGGAAGACCUAGAAAGAAGCUAUUAGAAAAACCUGUUGGUGAUAUGGAUGGCAACAGCCAUCAUAUUGAAGCUCCUGCUAUUCAAGUUUCACAAGAUCCAUCCUUGCUCCUUAUAGAAGGUGUUCCUGGAAAUGCUCAAGGCGCUUCUAUGCAAGGAUACUCUGGUGAAAAACAAAAUUGUCAUGACCAAUUAGCAUCUGCACGUAAUCCAGCACUAAGAAGCUCGAAAGAUGAAGCAGAUGCAGGGAAUCACAACAAUGAUAUGUCUGAGCAGUUAAUAUCGCAAAACGAGCACAAUGGAUCUUCUAUUUCAAGUCAUCAAAUACAAAUUAGUUCAGGAGAGGAUCCUGCAAUGAGCAACAAUGUUCACAGUUUGUUGGAAAUGACCUCAACCAGGUGUUCAAUUCCAGAGGAUGUUGCUUUGCCAAGAGUCGUUUUAUGCCUAGCUCACAAUGGAAAGGUUGCAUGGGAUGUGAAAUGGCGACCUUCUAACAUAAAUAAUCCCAAAUACAAGCAUCGGAUGGGCUAUCUUGCUGUAUUAUUAGGAAAUGGAUCCCUCGAAGUGUGGGAAGUUUCUCUUCCUCAUGCUAUGAGAGCUAUUUAUUCUUCUUCACAUGGCGAAGGCACUGAUCCUCGCUUUGUAAAGUUGGAGCCUAUAUUUAGAGGCUCAAAAUUGAAGUCUGGUGGUAUACAGAGCAUCCCUCUUACAGUGGAAUGGUCAACAUCACCUCCUCAUGACUACUUAGUCGUUGGUUGCCAUGACGGGACGGUUGCUUUAUGGAAGUUCUCAGCAAGUGUUUCAUCUAAAGAUACCAGGCCUUUACUUUGUUUCAGUGCAGAUACAGUUCCUAUUAGAGCACUUGCCUGGUCCCCAUUUGAAAGGUUACAGAUCAAUUCUGAGAGCGCAAAUGUCAUAUUAACUGCUUCACAUGGAGGCCUAAAAUUCUGGGACCUACGUGAUCCAUUCCGUCCUUUAUGGGAUCUUCAUCCUGUGCCAAGGAUCAUAUAUAGUCUGGAUUGGAUUCCGGAUCCGAGUUGUGUUGUUUUAUCAUUUGAUGAUGGAACAAUGAGAAUCCUCAGCUUAAUGAAGGCUGCUAAUGAUGUCCCUGUCACUGGAAAACCAUUUGUUGGGACAAAACAACAAGGAUUGCAUAGUUACUGGUGUUCAUCUUUUGCUAUCUGGAGCAUUCAGGUUUCACGAUUAACAGGUAUGGUAGCUUAUUGCGGUGAGGAUGGAACAGUUAUCCGUUUCCAGCUUACAAGUAAAGAAGUAGAGAAAGAUCAUUCACGGUAUCGGGUCCCACAUUUUCUGUGUGGGUCAAUGACUGAGGAGGAAUCUUUUGUUACAAUCAACACUCCUGAGGCAAAUGCUCCUUUCCCAUUAAAGAAGGAACUGUACAAAGGUGGAUAUGCACCAAUAGCCAUGCGAGUGUUCACAUCUGAGUCAAGACAGGUUAAAAAAGCUCACGAUAAGAUGGGCAAAUGUUCUCAUGCUUCUGAUGAUCAAACUUUACGUCUUUGUUGUGAUGUUGAUGAUGCUGAUCCUGAAGUUGAAUAUGACUCCGAUGAGAAGUUGGCUUCUGUCAAGAAGAAAAGAAUGUCAAAAUCUGGAUUGAAGAGAAAGCAAGAAGACGAGCAAUCUUUGGUAGGCAUAGAUGAGGAACAGGCAAGUAAGAAUGAGGAAGUGGAAGCCAGUAAUGGAUUCGAAACAUUUCCUUCAAAAGUUGUAGCAAUGCAUAAAGUGAGAUGGAACAUGAAUAAAGGUAGUGAGAGAUGGUUGUGUUAUGGAGGGGCUGCCGGAGUUGUACGUUGUCAGGAAAUUAUUUCGUCCUACGUCCAUGGAAAAGGGGCCAUGAAGAAAUAAGACUUCCCCUAUUUUUGUUUCGGCUUGUACACAACUAGUUCAUGUUGUCUGUUAAAUAUUUAUUUCUGGUUGGGUUGAUACCUGGCUUCUUUUUUACUU